CACUGGCCAAGCUAUAAAGAAAGGGGAAACAGAAACAGACAUAUGGAAAUGGCAGGUAUUAGAUUCGUUAUCGAUGAAUCAGUCCUACCAUCCAGGAUCAAGGGAAGAUCCCAGACAAAGAUGCAGAUACCUAACAAGAAAAAGAAACUUUUUAUCGUGGGCUGUCUGUUUAUGUCAGUCUUUGUGUUCUUUGGAUUAUACCGACUACAGCUCCAUAUCCAAUUUCUGACAUUUUCUGCUAAUCUACCAAUAUCUUUAAUAUGCCCAGAAAAAGACAACACACCUUCUAAAACAAAGGAGGGUUUAUCAGACACUGGUAGCAAUGAGAUAAUGGCUAAAUGCAAAGAUUUAGGAAUUUGGACUAUAAGACCAGAUGGUAGGUUGGGAAAUCAAAUGGGUGAAUAUGCUACAUUAUAUGCCUUGGCCAAAGCAAAUGGGCGUCAGGCUUUUAUACUUACAGAUAUGCAUAACUACUUGGGACAAAUAUUUAAAAUCACGCUUCCAGUUUUACAUGACAACGUGGCCAGGCAUGUCCCAUUUAAGGAAUAUUGGCUACAUGACUGGAUGUCAGAGGAAUAUAAUCACAUUGACGAGAGCUUUAUUAAACUGACAGGCUAUCCUUGUUCGUGGACAUUUUUUCAUCAUCUUCGAAAGGACAUCCUUAAGGAGUUUACAAUCCAUGACUACCUUAAGACUGAGGCCAACCAAGUUUUGGAAAGCAUAAAAGGUUCUAAAAAAAAUAUUACCUACAUUGGGGUCCAUGUCCGCAGAGGCGAUUAUGUGAACGUUAUGCCAAAUGUUUGGAAGGGUGUGGUCGCAGACAAGGGUUACCUGGAGAAAGCCAUGAAUUACUUCCGAAAUAAAUAUAAAGAACCGGUUUUUGUAGUGACCAGUAAUGGAAUGAAAUGGUGUAAACAAAACAUUGACAAUUCCAAGGGAGAUGUCUACUUCUCAGGGGAUGGCAAUGAGUCUACUCCAGGCAAAGAUUUUGCACUUCUGGUUGGUUGUAACCAUACCAUCAUGACUAUUGGGACAUUUGGAUUUUGGGCAAGUUACUUGGUUGGGGGAGAAACUAUUUACCUCACUAAUUUUACGCUUCCUGAAUCGGAAUUCUUGAAACUUUUCCAUUAUGAUGCUGCAUUUCUACCAGAAUGGAAAGGGAUUCCAGCAGAUCUGUCUCCACUGUGGCACUGAAAGUACUGAAAGUAAAGCCAAAGCUGCCUAGAUCGCACACAUUACCAUAUUUAUGGAUAUGAAUAUUAAUAGAGCUAAACUAUUAUAUCUAAAAUAUGUUUUUAACAGGAAUAUGAUUAUUUAUUUGUCAGCUUUUUAAAACCAGAUUGUCUUUGGUGCAAAAUGUAACUAAUAUUUUUACAAGAUCCACUGCAUAAUAUUGCACAAAGCCUACACAGAGGCAUAAAAUAGUAAACUGUUAUAGGUAUAUUGAAAACUUUUUUAAAUGUUUUAUUUCUUUAUGCAUUAAAGAGAUUGUCAGAAAAAUGCAGCUGCUUUCUACCAUAAAACAACACCAUACCUGUCUAUGGGAUGUUAAAGAAGUUAGGGGCCUGAACUGCAAUUCCACAUUUGACCUGUGUACAUGUGUGGUACUGUUCUUUUUUUGGGGGGGGACUGCGAUGUUUUUAUAAACCUUCACAACCCCUUUUACAUACUUCUGUUAAGUUUUUUUGCAUUCAUUUAUAUUGUGAAUGUUCUCAAUUUUAGAUUGUCGAUUUUCUCUACAGAAUCCCCACCAAAAAAGAUUACAGCAAGGCCACCGUAUGUGAACAUGGUCUCAUUUGUAUACUAAACAGUCCUGUAAUUUAAAUCUUCAAUGAAUGCAUGGCUGGGUCAGGUCUCCCAAGGCGGUUCUCCCUUUUGGCUUUUUUGAACAUCGAAGAGGGGGUUCUUAUGAUGUUCAUGUGCCGUAAUACAACCCCUUUAAGUUACAAAAUAGGGAAAGGGUGGCAAAUGAUGUCUCUAUACAACUUAGGAAGACUCUAGAGUUGCUAGUGACUAUACCAUUUUUUAUUUUGUAGGUAUCCGAUAUAGUUCCACUGCCUUUAUAAAGGGCAUUUUCACAUAUUCUAUGCUGAAAGCCACUUGACAUUGUUUUCAUUGAGAAGUCAACGUAACUUUUUUUUAAUUUUUUUCUUACAGAAAGUAAAGCUACUUUCACAUAUGAGUUUUGGCAGAGGAUCUCAAAACCGGGCCAAAACGCUUCCAUUUUGUCCAUGCUUCCUGAAUGGAAGAAAAAAGAUCAGUUCAGGAUGCAUCAGGAUGUCUCCCGUUCUGUCAGGAUGCGGUUUUGUGACCAGACACAAAACUGUU